AUGAGAAACAAGAAAAAAGGACAACAUGAGAAUUUUUUUGAAAAAUUCUUAGAGUUAUUCAAGAAGCUGGAGAUUAACAUUCCUUUGUUGGAGGCACUUGAACAAAUGCCUACUUAUGCGAAGUUCAUGAAGGACUUCAUUUCGAAGAAGCGUACAACCAACACAAACCCGAUCAUUCUAACCGAAACUUGUAGUGCUAUUUUGCAGGGUAUGAAGAUUCCGAUAAAAAAGGAAGAUCGAGGAGCUGUCACCAUCCCGUGUACUAUUGGAGAUAAGUCGUUCAACAAAGCUCUUAUUGACCCGGGAGCUAGUGUGAGUCUCAUGCCAUUAUCCAUUUUCAAGAAGCUUGGUAUAUGGGCGGUGCAAGAUACCAGGAUGACCCUCCAAUCCGCAGAUCAUUCAGUCAAGAGACCGUAUGGUAUUGUUAAAGAUGUCCUGGUGAAAAUUGACAAGUUUGUAUUUCCGGUCGAUUUUGUAAUUCUAGAGAUGCCGGAAGAUAAAGAGAUCCCUCUCAUUCUUGGUAGACCUUUUUUGGAGACGGGAAGAUGUGUAAUCAACAUAGAAGAAGGAACCAUGACGUUGAAGGUUUAUGAUGAGGAAGUGAAAAUCAAUGUUCGAAACACCAUGAAAGACGAAGAAGAUAUUUGCACCAGUCACACUAUAGAGGUUCUGAAUCAGGUGACGACAUAUGAUGGCCCUUUGAAUACACCACCGUCACCUUUGAAAAGAGUGUUGAGCUUGUCCAAGUCCGACAGUGAUAAAGAAAAGGACAACGGGGACCCCUAA